AUGUAAGAUUAGAUCAAGAUAGUUAUCAAUCGCCUUAAUUAAGAGAGAUAAUUACUAAAGGAAAGAUAGAAUACCUUUAAUUAUGAAUGCUCUCCAAAUAUAAGAACUGGGUUUUAGAUGUAAAAACCAAUUACACUUGAUCCUCCUAAAUUGUUUAUGUAGACAAUAUAAUUUCCUAAUGUGAAAGCUUAAAGACAAAGAAAUGUCAAUAAUAAAUUAAAAAUCAAUGCAAAUUUUAGGAGACGUAGUACAAGUUAGAAGACAGAAUAAAAUAGUAAUCCAAUGGUUGGUAUUGUAAAGAAAUUUGAUUUUUCUUUUUUUAAUUAUGAUCCUUUACCUAUUGUGUAUAAUAAUUAAAGUAAGAUGUUGAAGAUGAAGAGAUAGAGCUCUAAUAUAAUAAGAAUUUGA